UUGUGAAUUCCUCUCCUUUUGCAUUGGAUUCUCCGUGGGCAGUCUCCCAGAAACGGGUUAGGAUACUUAACUCACGGGCACUCCUUUCGUCGAGCCAAACAUCCCCGUUCGCUGAACUUGUUUUGCGGUUACACGCUCCUCGUUCUCUUCUUAAUAUUUCUUCCUCUUUAUGCUCUACAGGAGCGUCUCGUCGUCUGGUUAGCCGGGUUUCCUGGGUCUUUUGCGUGGCAAAACUUGAGGCCUUCGCCGAGGUCCAUCCUUCAGCUCUCUUCAAGAGAGUUUCUGAAGUGCUGUUUGCUCGAGCGAACCGCGUUCGAUCUUUCGACUCUGGAUCCGUUCCCCCUUAGCACCCUUCUUACUUACCUUCCCCUUCCAUCUUACAACUUCCAUGUCUUCAAGGCGGCAAUCUGGAACUCCUGUCAUCAAGGCAGAAGGCCCAAGCACCGCAAACGCUACUGACCGCAAAUCUCACGAGAUGGCAAGGUAUCGGCACUAUCAACAGCCUCUCGCCGGAGAAAGUGAUUCCUCUCUCUCGGAGUCCAACGAUGUCGAUAUGGUAGAUGGUCGGCUUCAGAGUCAAUAUGAUGAGGGCUACCAGACUAGUCAGCUGGGACACAGCGCAGCGUCAUCAAGAGCAUCUCAUAGACCUUCUCGCACGCCAGCUGGGAAUAUCAUCAGCAUCACCUCCAGAACGCACUCUCCUGCGGUCAACCAGGAAACCAUAGCCGAUGAAGAUAUUGACAGAGCGCUUUCCUUGGAUUACCAGGAACACAAGUAUCUUGUAUCUUCUAUUAAUGCUCUCCGCCAAAAGGGUGUUGAAGACCUUGUUGUUCCACUCCCCAAGAUUGUUGUCGUUGGUGAUCAGAGCACUGGCAAGAGUUCGUUGAUCGAAGCUCUUUCGCAAAUCAAAGUCCCACGCAACGUAGGAUGCUGUACCAGGUGCCCCCUUGAAAUAAACAUCACUGAAGACACGAGUGAUGCUGCGAGAUGGACUUGUAAAGUCUCCUUGCGCAAGACUUAUAUGCAUGACACAUUUGCAAAUAACGAAAACGAUCCCUUUUUAGUAUGUCGCGGCUCUAUUGCAGGAACUCCUCAACCAAGCGUUAACCUUGGCCCGUGGAUCCCUCAAGACCCCGCCGAGGACACUCUCUUUGCAACUCUCUACAACAAAGACGACGUAGAGGAUGUACUACACUGGGCGCAGCUGGCCACGCUGAACCCUGGAACCAGGCCAACCAAGUACAUGCCCGGAUUCAAUCAGCAUACUCCACGCACACUUCAAGUGAAAUUCUCUCCUAACGUUGUUCGUCUGGAUAUAUCUGGCCCAGGGCUUCCCAACCUCUCGUUCUUUGACCUUCCUGGAGUCAUUAAUGUCACCGAGAAUGCUGAAGAGGCGUACCUUGUCCCACUUGUUCGAAACUUGGUCAAGGAGUACAUCACACCGCCCAACUGCAUCAACCUUCUAGCGCUUCCUAUGACCGAUGACGCAGCAAACUCUAGUGCGGCUGGCAUUAUCAAAGAGGUCGGAGCGCAGGAUAGGACGAUCGGUGUCUUGACCAAGCCUGACCGAGUUCAGCUGGGGGAGUCCUGGGAGCAAUGGGAAUCCAUGUUAAGUGGCGAAAGGUAUCAGCUCGGCCAUGGCUACUACGUUACGAAGCAACCCAAUCAGGAUAUGCUAGGACGAGGGAUCUCUCACUCUGAAGCACGAGCUCAGGAACUCGAAUUCUUCACCAGCAAUGAACCAUGGGCAUCAGACCUCUCUCAAUAUAGCCAGCGAUUCGGAACCCACAGACUGUCUAAUGACCUCUCCCAACUUCUAAUUGCGCAAAUAGUGAAAAGUCUUCCAUACAUCAAUGAGCAAGUGAAUAGAAAAGCUACGACAAUCGAAAUCGAACUUGCAGAACUGCCCGAGCCUCCUGCCGAGAACUUGCCUCUCGUUCUCACGGGAAAAAUUUAUACUCUGAAGAAUGAAAUUGAGAAACGCAUCGACGGGGGCUACCCAUACAAUUUGUUCAAGAAGAAUUGGCAUAGCACUGCGGAAGAAUUUGCAAAGAUCAUCAUGAAUUCGACUCCAAAGGUUCUCCUUGACAUUACCGACACUCCGAAGUCGUCCAUGAAUAAGUUGCAGGAGCAAUCCAAACCCCCACGCGGUCCUGUCACUCCGACUAAAAGCAAUGUUAGAGUAGAUUUGACACUCUCUGACGCUGAAGAUGAACCACAGCUUGUGAGUAAAACCAUACUACCCGACCGUACGGACAGGAAACGUCAAGCGACACCCCAUGCCGUGCCGAUUACUCCUAAAAAGCCCAAAUUCAACGCGAGACCACCGCCGUCAAAGAAGUUCACUGUGACGCAAAAAGCCUCUUCUCUUGAAGAUGUCAGAGAGGUUAUCAAGGCAGCACAGACGGCUGGGAUUCCGAAUCAAGUUGAUCCCAAAGCUAUUGAAGUGCUCAGCCAACAGAGUGUCGCAUUUUGGAUCACGCCUGCGCAAGAGCUUGUCAAUAUUGCUGGAAAUAUGUUGAAACAAUUGGUGCUUGAACGGUUCGAAGAUGUCCUGAGUGAAUGGAAGCAGACCCAGUUAUUUGUUGAAGCGUCCCGGAUCAUUCACGACUAUCUCGACUCCAUGAUCGGCCAGGAGCUCAGCGCCAUCCAGAGAACUUGUCAUUUGGAAGUCUCGAAGCCGAUCACAUUCAACGCAGUCUGGUUUGACCAGUUAAAGCGGGAGAACCUUGCCCGGCUCCGGACUAUGCGUCGAGCAGCUCGUGUUGCCAAUUUUAUCCUUGAGCAGGAGAAACAGAACCGGGUAGUCAAAGAAAGGGACGUGGCCGAUGAGCAGCUGGGCAUCGAGACAUUUCGCAAGGAGAUUGAAACCAUGGCGACUGUCCAAGCGUAUUACAUGAUUGCGGCCAGCCGGUUCGUGGAUACCGUUUGCCAGGCUAUUGACGGAGAGUUGUUUGUUUCAUGCAAGACUAGCAUCUGUCAGCAAUUGAUUGAUGGACUCGGUAUUGAGAAGUUGGACGGUAAGUCGAUAUAAGGGUCACUGUAGCGGUUGGUAUCUUUGCUAAUGUACAAUCAACUUUUUAGCUCAGGAGCGUUGUGCUCGUCUCAUGGCCGAGGACCCAAAUCGCGAGAUUCGGCGUGCCCAACUCAAACAUGAAAAGGCAACGCUUCGAGAAGCCCAGGACUCCCUUACUGACAUGGUCAGUCGAUUCGUCAGUCGCGGAAAGUCCAGAAACCCGGCAGAUUCUCAAGCCUAGCCUGAUGAUUAAUCCACGCUGGACGCCUUGAUGGUUUUACCUGCGAAGUU